CAAGGGAGGGAGAAAGGAAAGAAGGGAAAAAGAUUAUUGCGCCCUGCGUGAUAAGCCUGUCAAACCUCUCAGAGGGAAAACGGAGUGAAAGUCGUGGAAGCGACUGUCCUCAAGUACCGCCCAGACACCUGCCCUAGGUGAACCACAUUUCCCAGCAGCCCCUCUGGGCCCACACGCCUGCGCACUGGCCACGGAGGGAGGCCGGUGGAGCUCCCGCGCUCUACCGUCGCCUGGUCUCGCCUGACCCGGGUCUGCACCGGGGCCAUGGAGGAGGUCGCGUUAGCCGCGGCGGGCCGCGCGGGCGCUGCCCAGGCCGAGGGAGCCGCGGCCACGCCGCCGCCGCCUCCCGGCUCCCCACCAGUCCUCACCCCGGAGCCGCCAGCCGAGGAGGAGGGCCCGGCGCCGGUGCCCGAGGCGGGGGCUCCCGGCUGCUCGGGCUCCCGGCCGCUCGCGCUAGACCUGGAACGCAGCCUGGGUCGCCUGACGGGCCGCUUCGAGGACGACGACGAGGAACUGGAGGAGGACGAGGAGCUGGAGGAGGACGAAGAAGAGGAGGAGGAGGAAGAGUUGAGCCACUUCUCGCUGAGACUGGAGGGGGGCCGGGCGGACUCGGAGGACGAGGAGGAGCGCCUGAUUAAUCUCUCCGAGCUGACCCCCUACAUCCUCUGUUCCAUUUGCAAGGGUUACUUAAUAGAUGCAACUACGAUUACAGAGUGUCUUCAUACCUUUUGUAAAAGCUGUAUUGUAAGACACUUUUACUAUAGCAAUAGAUGUCCAAAAUGCAACAUAGUGGUGCAUCAAACACAACCUCUUUAUAACAUAAGGUUGGACCGACAGUUACAAGACAUAGUAUACAAAUUAGUGAUCAAUCUAGAGGAAAGAGAAAAAAAGCAAAUGCAUGAUUUCUAUAAAGAAAGAGGUCUUGAAGUACCUAAACCUGCUGUUCCACAGUCAGUGCCUUCAAGCAAAGGAAGAUCUAAGAAAGUCCUAGAAUCUGUGUUUCGUAUUCCACCUGAACUUGAUACGUCUUUAUUAUUGGAGUUUAUUGGUGCUAAUGAAGGCACGGGACAUUUUAAGCCAUUGGAAAAGAAGUUUGUGCGAGUUUCUGGAGAAGCAACUAUAGGGCAUGUUGAAAAAUUUCUAAGAAGAAAAAUGGGUCUUGAUCCUGCUUGCCAGGUAGAUAUCAUCUGUGGUGACCACCUAUUGGAACGGUAUCAGACUCUAAGGGAAAUCCGACGUGCAAUAGGCGAUGCAGCAAUGCAGGAUGGUCUGCUUGUCCUUCAUUAUGGUCUUGUGCUUUCUCCUCUGAAAAUAACUUGAAGAUUCUAGACGUUAUAGAGAGAGAGGCAAAGUUAACAUUGUUCCGCAGGACUGCGUCUCACCAAAGAUUCCAUGAAAUAUGUAAUUGCCACCACUGUGUGCUGUUCAAGAUAGAAUUCACCUACUGUAUUCAACCCCCGCAGUCCGGACAUUUGUAAGCACAGAUGGGAUGAUGGAAUGUACCUAUUUCUUAGAAGCAUCCAGAGCUCAGGGGAAAAUUUCAAAACAUUGAAUUUUCAGAUUCCUUUUGAUCUCAAGUCUUUGACUACUGUUCUCUUCUUUGUUCAGCCCAGAUCUCUUCUAAGCUGGUGGUUGGAAUUCUGCUCGCUGGUAGGGCACCAGCUGGGCAGUCAUCCUUUUGGAAAAGAAGUGAGUUUUCAGGCAGAAGAUUCAAAGAGUUGUUGUUAAAAUACAGGGUAUAAGAGACUAAAACUGUUGUCUGGUUUUAAAUGUUGCUGUUAUGUUUUGAAUGUGUACCUUUUUUUAUAUAUAUACCAGGAACACUACUAAAGACAUGUUCCUCAGGUCUCAAAUGGAUGAUUUGUUCUGAUAUCAGGUGGAAAAACUGGAAUGUUAAUUUGAUGAGCAUUCAUUUUCUUUGAGUUAUAGUUUAUUGACACUUCAUAAUGGCACUCUGAAUAUAAUACAGUAUUUUAGGUGAAUUUGAGAUUACAGAAUACUUAUUUCUUCAGUAAGUCGAUUUAAUGUUCAUUUACCCAUCUUUUUGCCACUGAGGUGAAGAAUAUAGAUAUACGAGAGCUCAGUUUCAUGCCAAGACUUCAGUUUUAUACAUGUUGCUUAAAACUGGCUUUCUAAAACAAAUAUUUUGUAGACCCUGUUUCACAGAAAAAUUUCCAAAACUCUGCAGGAGGCAUGAUGAAAUUGGACAAGGGUUGGCAGUUAUUUUAUAAGGAGUUUGUGAAUUGUGUAUAAAUCUCUUCUAACAUUUAAUAAAAAUGUAUUUUAACCUA